GCAACUGAUACGUUGCUAUGCGCCCGACUACACCUCGUCGUCGGCCUCCUCAUAAUCGGCCAAUUGGUUGGACUGGUGCUGUUGCAUCGAAGCCUCAGCGUCCACUCCGACCAGCAUUCCAGCCCUCGGGCUCAUUCCGUCGUCCGAGGCUGGGCCGGGCAGUCGGGCCGACGCAGUCGACGCCAACAAAAGGGCGCCUGUCUUGCUCUAGCCCACUCGUUGCCAUGGGCAUUGGCCGCCGGUUGCGCCCUAUUCAUCGCCCUUUAUCCGCUCCCCUCGACGUCGACGUCGACGUCGCCGUUGAGUCGUGGUGAUGUCGCGGCUUCGGUGAACUUUUUCUUCGGCGGACUCGACUCCCUUCUGCUCUGUACCGGUACCGGAGGCCGUGAGGCGCCGGGCAACACGGUGGCUCGACUCACCUGCCCUUUGCUCGUCCUUCUCCCGUUGGCCUGUCUCACGGCAACCAGCGCUGCCGGGCUCAUCUGCCUUCAGCGCCGAUCGGUCCAACGCCAGCGGGUGCUGGGCUCGAGGCCGGCCGGCUCGCCUCGGCUUCGGGUGCACAUCUGCCUGUUGCAGAGUCUCGUGGUGCUCGUGGUGCUCGUUGAGUUGGCCAGCAGCGGACUGGCCGCCGUCUGGCGCAUGACAGUCGCCUUGACGACGACAGAUCGUGUGCUCGAGGCCGAGCCGCGGACUCACCAUCGACGCUACCUGUUCGGUCAACGUCUCCUCCUCCUCCAUCUGGCGCUGGAUCCGUUCCUGCUCAUCUUUCUGCUCGAUCGACUCGGCCGAGUCUGUCGUCGCCAGACGACGGAGUCGCGCUGGUGCGAACCCUCGCGGCCGCAGGCCAACGGCCCGACGGUGCGGCGCGGUCGAGUCGGACGACUGGACUCGAACCGACUGGCACCAGCCAACCGCACAACCGGGCUUCACUUGACCGGACCUCCUUUGGACUCGUCGGCUUCAGCUUCGGCUUCGGCGGCGGCGGCAGCCGCGGCCGCCGCUGCAGCCGCCGCUGCGUCCGGAGGCUUCUUCACCCUCAGCAGCUGCAUUCCACUGCCCUCGGGUCGUCUGUCGGCCGAGUCCCGGCUCGUCUCGACCGGGUCGCCGCUCCUCUCCAGCCUCAUUGUCUCCUCUUCGCCCGGAGACCCACUGACUCCGCUCGCCACCGACUCGGCGGCAACGGCUAUGGCGGGACUCGAACCCGGCGCCGGCGCUGGCCCGGCUUACCCUUUGGCCGGAGGCUUUGUCCAGCUCUGCCAGCACCAUCAGACUGCCCGGGUCGCCAGAAACUCUGGUCACCUCGGCCCAUCAGGCGCUCGGUCUGCCCAGUUGUGGCGGAUCCAGCAGCAGCGGAGUAGAGAGCACAACAAGCGCCAUCCUCUUGCCAGGCGCCAAGGAGCCUGCUCACUCGCUACCAGUCACCCUGUUCCCGGCUACCGGAGUCACAUAACUCAACUAGCAGCAUCGUCAAAAUUGGUCAGUACGUGA